CGGAUAUUCCACACUAUCCUCGGAUAGAUAUCCCGGGGGUAACUGUGACACCGGAAGCAUGAAGAAGGCUGAUCUCGCUGAUGAAUCGGACUCUGCCAGGUCUGCUGUAUGGUAUUGUUGCAAAUUUCUCGCCGGAGUCCUCAGAAUCCUGUUCUUUGGUUCGCUGAUUUUGCUCAUUGCCAUCGUCUUGUCUCGCCUGGGAGAACGGCCAAUGGAACCGUGGGGGGGCGGUGGGACCUAUAUACGGUGGGGACGGACUUCGUGCCCAGAAACUCCAGGGACUGAGUUGGUAUACCAAGGUCGAGCGGCUGGAAGUUUCUACGAUCACAGAGGAGGAGGCGCAAACUACCUCUGUGUCACAAUGGAGCCUCAGUCAGGGAAAUUUCACCCAGGAGAUAGCAGCAAACACGUUUCUCUCUUGUAUGGAAAACCAGAGAAAGUUGAUGGUGGACAUGCAAACCAUGAUGGGGCGCUGUUUCUCAACGUGGAGCCUCGCUGUGGCAGUCUACCAUGUCCUCCUUACGAUAACACAAAGGAAAUGACUUGUGUUGUAUGUAGCAAGUAACUAUAAUAGCCACUGCAUAGAACAUUUUUGGCUAGAGUAAAAUUUUUAGGCUCUUUUUCGACGUUAUCUGUAUUCAUACCCUUGAUAACUAUGUGGACUUGAAUAAACUGCUCUACUCCUGGUGGAUUGGCUUGUGUCAACAACUAUGUAGUGAGGUAGAAAGACAAGACAA